AUGGAGAAGUUGUACUUUGCGGGGAGCAGCGUAUGGACGAUCAACAGCUCUCUGGGGAACGGCAGCCUCCGCCUGGAGAACCAGAGCUCCGGGAGGAACAGCACCACGGACCCCCUGAAGAGGAACGAGGACAUGGCCAAGGUGGAGGUGACGGUCCUCUGCCUCAUCCUGUUCCUCGCCCUGACCGGCAACCUGUGCGUGCUGCUGGCCAUCCACACCACCCGGCAGAAGCACUCCCGCAUGUACUUCUUCAUGACCCACUUGAGCAUCGCUGACCUGGUCGUGGCCAUCUUCCAGGUGCUGCCCCAGCUCAUCUGGGACAUCACCUUCAGGUUUUAUGGGCCAGAUUUCCUUUGCCGGUUGAUCAAGUACUUGCAGGUAGUGGGGAUGUUUGCUUCCACCUACAUGCUCUUGCUGAUGUCCCUGGACCGGUGCUUGGCCAUCUGUCAGCCGCUGAGGUCUCUGCACAGGAGAGCGGACCGGGUCUCUGUCCUCCUCACCUGGCUGCUGUGCCUGCUGGUCAGCAUCCCUCAGAUCCACAUAUUUUCUCUGAGGGAUGUAGGGAAUGGGGUUUACGACUGUUGGGCAGAUUUCAUCCAGCCCUGGGGACCCAAAGCCUAUGUCACCUGGAUAACCCUCAUGGUCUACAUCAUCCCUGUGUUGAUGCUGAGCAUCUGCUAUGGCUUAAUCAGCUUCAAAAUCUGGCAGAAUGUGAAGCUUAAGACGGCUCACGGGCCCAACGUGGGUCUGAGCUCCAGCUCCCACAACAGGAUGGCGUUUGCCAGGGUCAGCAGCACCAGGCUCAUCUCCAAAGCCAAGAUCCGGACAGUCAAAAUGACCUUCAUCAUAGUGUUAGCUUUCAUAGUGUGCUGGACUCCCUUUUUCUUUGUGCAGAUGUGGUCUGUGUGGGACACAAAUGCUCCGCAGGAAGCCUCCCCCUUCAUCAUCGCCAUGCUCCUGGCCAGCCUCAACAGCUGCUGCAACCCCUGGAUCUACAUGCUGUACACGGGGCACCUCUUCCACGACCUGAUGCGGCGCUUCCUCUGCUGCUCCACGCGCUACCUGAAGUCGCGGCCGGCGUGCGACCUGAGCGUCAGCAAGAAGAGCAACUCCUCCUCCUUCGUUCUCAGCUGCAAGAGCACGAGCCAGAGGAGCUUCACGUAG